UACCCCGCAGUAAACCAUCACUGUCUACAACUAAACCAUUACUGUCACCACUACGCCGCCACCACCCCGCCAUCAUCAUGGGCGAGCAAACCAAGUCGCCGGUGGUCGCCGAGGCCCAUCUGGUUGACACCUAUCACCCCCCGGCAAAGAUGCUCGAAAGUGAGAUAGACCCCUAUUUAUGGGACUAGGUUCAAUGCGCAAAUCAUAAAUGAAGCUAACUUGGUUACUAGAGCAUCCUAGUAAACCUCAUCUCGAUAGUAUUGAGCAUUACCAACAGUUAUACAAAGAGUCCAUCACCGAGCCCGAGAAGUUCUUCAGCAGGAAAGCUAGGGAGUUGUUGACAUGGCAGCGAGAUUUCGAGACCGUUCGCACUGGAUCCCUAGCUAACGGAGAUGUUGCCUGGUUCGUCGAGGGUCAACUCAACGCUUCUUACAACCUCGUCGAUCGACAUGCAUUCAAGGACCCCAACAGGGUCGCGCUCAUCUACGAGGCAGACGAACCUCACGAAGGCCGAAAUGUAACUUAUAGCGAGCUUCUUCGUGAGGUUAGCAGAGUCGCACAUGUCCUAAAAAAGAUGGGUGUUAGAAAAGGCGAUACAGUCGCUAUCUACCUACCAAUGAUUCCGGAGGCCGUCAUUGCUUUCCUUGCAGUCACACGUAUCGGCGCUAUCCACUCCGUCGUGUUUGCUGGUUUCUCGGCCGACUCCCUACGUGACCGUGUUAUCGACGCCCAAUCCAAAGUGGUGAUUACCACAGACGAAGGAAAACGAGGUGGCAAGCUGAUCGGCACCAAGAAGAUAGUUGACGAUGCGCUCAAGCAAUGCCCCGAUGUAACUGGCGUUCUGGUUUACAAGCGCACCGGCGCUGAUAUUCCCUGGACUCCGGGUCGCGAUCUGUGGUGGCACGAGGAGGUCGAGAAAUGGCCAUCAUACAUUCCCCCUGAAGUAAUGAACUCCGAGGAUCCCCUCUUCCUACUAUACACAUCGGGUUCGACCGGCAAGCCAAAGGGUGUUAUGCACACCACUGCUGGAUAUCUGCUCGGUGCCGCGCUGACUGGCAAAUAUGUAUUCGACAUUCAUGAUGGAGAUCGGUAUUUCUGCGGUGGAGAUGUCGGUUGGAUUACCGGCCACACAUACGUCGUCUACGCACCUCUUCUUCUCGGUAUAUCUACGGUCGUCUUCGAGGGCACUCCGGCCUACCCGAACUUUUCGAGAUACUGGGAAAUUAUCGAGAAGCACGGAGUCACCCAAUUCUAUGUCGCACCGACUGCUUUGAGACUGUUGAAGCGUGCUGGUGACGAUUACGUCAAGGCUCACAUGCCGAAGUUGAGAGUACUCGGAUCGGUAGGUGAGCCUAUCGCGGCUGAGGUUUGGAAGUGGUAUUUCGAAGUCGUAGGCAAGGAGGAGGCACAGAUUGUUGAUGUAAGUUCAAUCCUCUCGUCUUUGAAGGAAUGUGUUCUAAUAGGACAGACCUACUGGCAAACCGAAACUGGAUCGAAUGUCAUAACUCCCCUGGCAGGAGUAACACCGACGAAGCCGGGCAGUGCUUCUCUGCCUUUCUUCGGCAUAGAACCUGCCAUCAUCGACCCCAUCUCCGGCGAGGAGAUACACGGGAACGACGUUGAGGGUGUUCUGGCCUUCAAGCAGCCUUGGCCUAGCAUGGCCCGCACCGUCUGGGGUGCGCACAAGAGAUAUAUGGAUACGUACCUAAAUGUCUACAAGGGCUACUACUUCACCGGUGACGGAGCUGGUCGUGACCACGAGGGCUUCUACUGGAUCCGAGGACGAGUAGACGAUGUGGUCAACGUUAGUGGACACCGUCUGUCGACCGCAGAAAUUGAGGCUGCCCUGAUCGAGCACCAUUCUGUAGCUGAGGCUGCCGUUGUUGGUGUUGCUGACGAACUUACUGGACAAGCGGUUAACGCGUUUGUGGCUAUCAAGAACGGCAAUGAGUCAUCGGAUGCGUUACGAAAAGAAUUCAUCCUGCAGGUAAGGAAGAGUAUCGGACCGUUUGCCGCACCUAAGGCAGUUUUCAUAGUGCCCGAUCUGCCGAAGACCCGAAGUGGCAAGAUUAUGCGCCGUAUCUUGAGAAAGAUUCUAGCUGGCGAGGAAGACCAGCUUGGUGAUGUAACAACAGUAAGUAUCUUCUCAUUCUUCUCUACUAGAAUGCCUUCUAAUCCCGUAAUAGCUUUCCGACCCCUCAAUAGUUGCGAAGAUCAUCACCAUCGUACACGAGGCAAAGAGAAAGUGAAGCAUAUAAAGGCUUCAGCUUCCUUUUUUCGAAUUCUGAUACCAUUAAUAUGCGGGAGAUUUUGGAGCGUAUAAGAUCCAACUAGUGAUAGCGAUGUUUUAGCGGUUGAGUUUGUGCUCCCGGUGUCGUGGCACUGAUACGACCAUGAGUUGGAUGAUUCGACGUUCCAGUUUCAACGAAUGUUACCCAGCAUUGGGCAUCGCAGUUGGACAACCCCGUCAACAAAUAGCUGAAACUAGCUCUGUGUAUAGGCGGCGUAUCAACACAAUAGUUGAUACUAGCUAAUUGCAUUCUUGCAAAGUAUACUUUGCAGUUCUUCACCCAAUGAGCAGUACGUAAAAGGGGCGUUAACUGGCUCAUUAGCUACAUUACUACCUAUAAUACUAAAAUACACGUUGCACGAAUCCAGUUCCGUUACGUCCGUAGGUAGAUAUCCGUAGGAAGGAGGCACAGCUCAAGACCGCCUUAGACACGCUGCGGAAAUGCCUAUG